GGCGGAGGCGGCGGCGGCGGCGGCGGUGAGCGCGGGCGGGCGCGCCGGGCGCGGGAGCUGCCGCCGUUGGGCCCCCGCGGCCUCCCCCCGAGCUCCGGACACCGUGCGGGGCGGGCCGGGCACCCGGGCUCCUCGGCUGGCCUGUGAGACCUGGCCGGGCCGGAUUGGCCCACAGCGCCUCGGUCACCAUGGACGCCCAGUAUGUCCUCUGCCAGUGGAGAAAGCGCCUAUGGCCUGCCAAGGUCUUGGACAGACCUGAGACGUUCACCAAAUCUCAGAGGAAAAAGGAAUUUUUUCUCAAUGUUGAAAUCCUCUCCUUAGACAAACAACUUAAGGUGAAGAGCUCGGCGGUGCAGACCCUGAGCCGCUCUCGGAUUGAAGACAUCGCCUCGUCGCUGGCCUCGCCGGACGCCGUGCCCAGCUCGCCCGUGGAGGAACUGACCUACCGGCGCUCCCUGCGGGUGGCGCUGGACCUUUUGAACCCCAGCACUCCCAGUCCGCGAGAGGCAGGAGCUCCGGAGGAAGCCGGGACCCCCCUGGCCCCCGCAGCCGAAGCCACAGCUGCCGUCACUGCUGUCGUGCCGGGGGACGCAGCCGGGCCUGGUUCUGGCAAGCAGGACCCAGCGCAGCAGGACCCGCCGGGCUCAGCUCCUUGGGAAGAGGACCCCCAGCACCCCGCGGACCCCAGCAGGGAGCCCGAGAGCCCGGGGCCCCCCGGGGGAGACCAUGGCGAUGCUGGGGCCGGCCAGCCCCCCACGGACCAUCCCGCUACCCCCCGCUCGCCUCCCAGAGCCCCGGACUGUGACUGCGAGUUGCCUUCAGGGGACCCUACAGGGCCCCUGGAACCCGGAGCUGGACCCCCCAAGCGACCGUGCUUGGACAGCAGCUGGGACCCUGAGCCGGCACUGUCUGCCGGGCAGGAGGUGAAAGCCGGCACCCCUCCACACAGCCCGCCGAGCCCCGGGCCCCCGACCUCCGAGAAGGUGGAGGGAGCUGCAGACUGGCCAUCCUGCAUGGAGUCCAUGGAGCUGAGCUCAAUCCAGUCUCUCCUGGAGGAAGAGGAGGACGACGAGGAGCCGCCCAGAAUCCUUUUAUAUCACGAACCCCGCUCGUUUGAGGUUGGAAUGCUGGUCUGGCUCAAGUACCAAAAAUACCCCUUUUGGCCGGCAGUGGUCAAAAGCAUCCGGCGCAGAGACCGGAAGGCCAGCGUGCUCUUCAUCGAGGGGGACAUGGACCCCAAGGGCCGAGGCAUCGCUGUGUCCCUGCGGAGGCUGAAGCACUUUGACUGCAAGGAGAAGCAGGCCCUGCUGACCGAGGCCAAGGAGGAAUUCGAGCAGGCCAUUGGCUGGUGCGUGUCCCUCAUCACCGACUACAGGGUCCGCCUGGGCUGCGGCUCUUUCUCCGGCUCCUUCCUGGAGUACUACGCUGCUGACAUCAGCUACCCGGUGCGCAAGUCCAUCCAGCGGGACGUCCUGGGGACCCGCUUCCCGCCGCUGAGCGCGGGGGCCCCCGAGGCGCCGGCCGAGGGGAGCCCGUGGGGCCGGCGGCCCCCGUGCCGGAAGGUGCUCCCCGACCGCUCCCGCGCCGCGCGCGACCGCGCCAACCAGAAGCUGGUGGAGUACAUCGUGAAGGCGCGGGGCGCCGAGGGCCACCUGCGCGACAUCCUCAGGAACCGCAAGCAGUCGCGGUGGCUCAAGACCUUCCUGAGCUCGGCGCAGUGCGUGACGUGCGUGGAGACGUACUUGGAGGACGAGGCCCAGCUGGACCUGGUGGUGAAGUACCUGCAGGGCGUGUGCCGCGACGCGGGCCCGGGGCUGCUGGCGCGCAUCAACGGGGACCGGAUCCGCUUCAUCCUGGACGUGCUGCUGCCGGAGGCGGUCAUCUGUGCCAUCUCUGCCGUGGACGCUGUGGACUACAAGACAGCUGAGGAGAAGUACAUCAAGGGACCCUCACUCGGAUAUCGGGAAAGAGAGAUCUUUGACAACCAGCUUCUGGAAGAAAGGAGCCGCCGAGGCUGCUGAGGGCCCAGGCUGGGGGUGUGGGCUUGGGCCAUCAGCUCCGCCCACGCCCUGCAGCGCCCCCUCCUGACCACCCUGACCACCGUCUCCCCCACCCCCACCCUCAGGCUCGCUCCCCUCACCGGCGGGCCUCAGCUGCAGAUGCAGAUCCUGGGGGCUCCCCGUGGCAGGUGGCACCCCUCGGGUUCUCUGUUUUCCAGCACCAUCUGCCGCUGCCCCGGGAUUUCCUUUCUGGAAGGCUCUGAAGAGCCUGUGUGUUCUGGGGCAAAGUCUUGACAAUCCGCAGUCCGCCGGGACACUCACAGCUCCGGGAAUGUCAGGGAACAUCCCAGAAGCCGACCCCCCCAACCCCUGCACCCCACCCUCUCUUGCCUCCUGCCGUGGCACUCGGGGGUGCCACCUGAUGUGUUGGAACCCCAGUACCUCGGAUCACCCGCCACCCCAUUCCCGUGACACCAGGACUGAGCCGUGAGCAGCGCUGGGGGUGGCCCCCGAACAGGACUGUAACCGCCGGAUACAGGCGUCUGUUUACCCUGGAGUGAGCGGGGCAUGGGCCUGUCGAGACCCCCUCCUCCCUGCCCGGGAGAUCCUGAUGGACACCCCACCCGAGCUCGUGGAUUGUUGAUUCUAGCUCAUGGGGGUCGGGGGCUCUAUCUUCCUGGGCGCGUCUCAGGCCUGCCCCCCAGAACCCUCCCAGUGGCCUUGACUCAGAUCUGAAAGCAGGCGGGUCCACCUGGCAGGGCCACCCCAGUGCCUGGUGAUUGGGGCGGGGCUGGUGACACCAGCAGGGGCAGGGGGACCCAGCACCACCGUGUGCGCCUGGGGAGCCCCUUGCUGUGUGCCUGGGACUGCACGGUUAAGUAUUUUUUUAUGCUGUUUUCUUUGCUGCCCUGCCUGUGGUUUUUGGCUUUGACGUCGGAAGGACUGUUCUUAAGGAAUAAAUAUUGUUUCGGAUUC